CCUUUUCAUGAUAACUAAAACAAGGACAGCUGCAAAACAACCAGAUCAUGACAUCAGCCACUGAUUUUGAUCACUUGGAGAUUCAGCAGCAGUACAGCCGGAUCAAUGCUCGCUGGGAAGCCUCUGAUGAUGAGCUGGACAAUGACAACAGUUCAGCCAGGCUCUUUGAAAGAUCCCGGAUCAAAGCUCUGGCAGAUGAGCGGGAAGCUGUACAGAAGAAAACCUUUACCAAAUGGGUGAACUCCCACCUUGCACGGGUGACUUGUCGCAUUUCUGAUCUCUAUAUGGAUCUCAGAGAUGGACGGAUGUUAAUCAAACUUCUUGAGGUUCUUUCAGGAGAGCUGCUGCCCAAGCCCACAAAGGGGCGUAUGCGAAUCCACUGCUUAGAGAAUGUGGACAAGGCUCUGCAGUUCCUCAAGGAGCAGCGUGUGCAUCUGGAGAACAUGGGGUCUCAUGACAUUGUAGAUGGCAAUCACCGUCUGGUGCUAGGUCUCAUCUGGACUAUCAUCCUGCGCUUCCAGAUACAAGACAUCAUUGUUCAGACUCAAGAAGGCCGGGAGACCCGUUCUGCAAAGGAUGCAUUGUUACUCUGGUGUCAAAUGAAAACUGCGGGCUAUCCCCAUGUUAAUGUCACCAAUUUCACCUCCAGCUGGAAGGAUGGCUUGGCUUUCAAUGCUCUUGUUCACAAGCACAGGCCUGACCUGAUUGACUUUGAGAAACUGAAGCACUCAAAUGCCAGGCACAACUUGGAGUAUGCUUUCAGUGUUGCAGAGAGGCAACUUGGCAUUACCCAACUUCUUGACCCAGAAGAUGUUUUCACGGAGAAUCCUGAUGAGAAAUCCAUCAUCACUUAUGUUGUUGCCUUCUACCACUACUUUUCCAAGAUGAAGGUGCUUGCAGUGGAAGGGAAGAGAGUUGGAAAGGUAAUGGACCAUGCGAUGGAGACCGAGAAGAUGAUUGAUAAGUACGGUGGGCUGGCUUCAGAUCUGCUGACAUGGAUAGAACAGACUAUUACCCUUCUCAACAGCCGCAAGUUUGCUAAUUCUCUGACAGGUGUGCAGCAGCAGCUCCAGUCCUUCAGCACAUAUCGCACAGUGGAAAAACCACCCAAGUUUCAGGAGAAGGGGAACCUGGAAGUCCUGCUGUUCACCAUCCAGUCAAGAAUGAGAGCCAACAACCAGAAAGUGUAUACGCCUCAUGAAGGCAAAUUAGUAUCUGACAUCAACCGGGCCUGGGAGAAACUGGAGAAGGCAGAACAUGAACGGGAAUUGGCACUGAGAAAUGAGCUUAUCAGGCAGGAGAAGCUGGAGCAGCUGGCCCGACGCUUUGAUCGCAAGGCGGCAAUGCGGGAGACAUGGCUCAGUGAAAACCAACGCCUUGUUGCACAGGAUAACUUUGGGAAUGACUUGCCAGCUGUGGAAGCAGCAAAGAAAAAGCACGAAGCCAUUGAAACGGAUACAGCUGCCUACAAAGAACGUGUCCAGGCCAUAGAGGAGGUGGCCAAGGAGUUAGAGAUGGAGAACUACCAUGACAUCAAGCGCAUCAAUGCUCGCAAGGACAACAUCCUGCGGCUCUGGGAAUACCUGCUGGAGCUGCUGCAAGCCCGUCGUCAGAGGCUGGAGAUGAACCUUAUGCUGCAGAAGCUGUUCCAAGAUAUGCUGCAUAGCAUUGAUUGGAUGGAUGAAAUGAAAGUUAAACUCUUAUCCCCUGAAUUUGGGAAGCAUCUAUUGGAAGUGGAAGACCUGCUUCAGAAGCACAGAUUGAUGGAGGCUGACAUGGCCAUCCAGGCUGAGAAGGUCCAUGCUGUCAGCACAGCUGCCCUUAAAUUUGCCAAUGGAGAUGGUUAUCGGCCUUGUGACCCAAAGGUGAUACGCGAUCGUGUGAACCACCUGGAAAUGUGCCACCGAGAACUCAUGGCUUUGGCUGCAGAAAGGAAAGCUCACCUAGAGCAGUCCAAACGCCUUUGGAAGUUCUUUUGGGAACUGGAUGAAGCUGAAAGCUGGAUCAAGGAGAAAGAGCAGAUCUAUUCCUCCCUAGAUUAUGGGAAAGACCUGACCAGCAUUCUCAUCCUGCAGAGGAAGCACAAGGCCUUUGAGGAUGAGCUGCGUGGCCUGGGAAGCCACUUGCAACAGGCCAUCAGAGAGGGAGAAACUAUGAUUGCUCAGAAACAUUUUGGCGUGCCCAAAAUCCGUAGUAGGAUUGAGGAAGUGAAAGCUCUUUGGGCCCAGCUGCAAGAACUGGCAGCUUUCCGCAAGAAGAACCUGCAGGAUGCUGAAAGCUUCUUCCAGUUCCAGGUGGAUGCAGAUGACCUGAUGACCUGGCUGCAGGAUGCCUAUCUCCUGGUUUCCAGUGACGAUGUAGGGCAUGAUGAAUAUUCCACUCAAGCCCUUGUUAAGAAGCACAGGGACCUCAUAGAUGAAGUAGCAGAUAACAAGAGAGUCAUGGACAAUCUGAACAGGCAAGCUCAGAGUUUUCCCACUGAGUUUCAGGGUGUCCCAGGGUGUGAGAAUAGACUGAAGGCCAUCCAGGCAAUGUACACUGAUGUUGUGUCCCUGGCAGAUCUGCGCAGGCAGAAGCUGCAGGAUGCCCUAGAUCUCUAUACAGUUUUCAGUGAGACAGAUGCUUGUCAACUUUGGAUGAGUGAGAAGGAGAAGUGGUUGGAGCAAAUGGAGAUUCCUGAUACCCUGGAGGACCUAGAUGUUGUGCAGCACAGAUUUGAUAUCUUGGAACAGGAAAUUAAUAACCUGGCUUCUCAGAUUGAAGGGGUCAACAAGGCUGCCAGUGGCCUAAUAGAAAGUGGGCACCCACGCAGUGGAAAAGUGAGGCAGUGCCAAGAGCAUCUGAAUGCCAGGUGGAAGGUCUUCCAGGAGAUGGUGGCUCAGAGGCGGAAAGCUGUAGACUUUGCCCUUAGCCUUCACAAUUAUUGUGUAGAUUGUGAGGAAACAAAGAAAUGGAUCCUUGAGAAAACCAAAGUUAUAGAAUCUACACAGGACCUAGGUAAAAACCUGGCAGGUAUGAUUGCUAUGCAGAGGAAGUUAUACGGCAUUGAGCGUGACCUAGCAGCCAUCCAGGCCAGGCUUGCUGCCCUACAACAAGAAGCACACCGACUCUCUGGAGAACACCCUGACCUAGCUGAUGAUAUCUACCAUCGAUUGGCAGCUGUCACUGGUGUCUGGCAGGACCUGCAGGACACGUUGCAGAGCCAGGAGGCCUCUCUUGGUGAAGCUAGCAAGCUGCACAAGUUUUUGCAAGACUUAGAUGACUUCCAGGCAUGGCUGUUCAAGGCACAGAAGGGUGUAGCUUCAGAGGAGGUGCCCAACUCCUUGGCAGAAGCUGAGCACCUCCUGCAACAACAUGUUGCUUUGAAAGAAGAGAUUGAUCAACACAGGGAUGAUUAUUGCAGCGUCAAGGAGACAGGGGAGAGGGUGACUCGUGGGCAAACAGAUGUGGAGUACCAGCAGCUGGAGCAGAGGCUCCAGGGGAUGGAUACAGGCUGGAAUGCCUUGUGUAAAAUGUGGAGUAGCAAGGAGAAAUUCCUCAACCAGUGUCUGGGCUUCCAAGAAUUUCUAAAAGAUGCAAAACAAGCAGAAAUUAUCCUUACCAAUCAGGAAUACACGCUGGCUCACAUCGAGCCCCCAGAUACCUUAGAAGCAUCAGAAGCUGCUAUCAGAAAAUAUGAAGAUUUCCUUGCUACCAUGGAAGCUAAUGAGGAAAAAAUUACUGGACUGGUGGGCAGCGGGAACAAACUUGUGGCUGAAGGAAAUAUUUACUCUGAUAAAAUUAGGGAAAAGGUUCAGCUGAUUCAAGAGAGAUACAGAACUAAUGUCACAAAAUCUCAGGACGCAUAUGUGCUGUUGAAGAACAAUCACAACCUGCAGAACUUUCUACAGAAUUGCCAGGAGCUCACUCUGUGGAUUGAUGAGAAAAUGCUCACAGCUCAAGACAUAUCCUAUGACGAAGCACGUAAUUUGCACAGCAAAUGGCUGAAGCACCAGGCGUUUAUGGCAGAACUUGCUUCUCACCAAGGGUGGUUAGAGAAGGUAGAUGAGGAAGGGCAGCUGCUGGCGAAGAAGAAGCCCCAAUAUGCCAGCACUGUUUCCCAGAGGCUGGUGGAACUGCAUCAGCUUUGGGAUAAGCUGCAGGUGACCACAGAAGAAAAGGCUCAGCACCUAUUUGAUGCCAACCGUUCUGACCUCUACGCACAGAGCUAUGCUGACCUUGGUGCAUGGAUCAGCGAAAUGGAGGAGCAGCUUAAAUCUGAUGUCCAGGGGAAAGAUCUCACCAGUGUCAAUAUCCUGCUGAAGAACCUGAAACGCCUGGAUGAGCAAGUAAGUAUGCGGAAGAGGGAGAUGGAAGAAUUGCUGUCUCAGGCUCCUCCAGCCAGAGGAGAAAUACAUGAAGUGGAUGGCAAGCAUGAGGUUAUUGAGAGGCGCUUCCGGGAUCUUCUGGAGCCAUUGAGUCAGAGGAGGAAGGAGCUAGAAACAGCCAAGGCCAGAUACCAGUUGGACCGGGAUCUGGCAGAUGAACUGCUCUGGGUGCAGGAACGUCUCCCCCUUGCUCAGUCCACUGACCAUGGCACAGACCUCCUCUCAGUACAGUUGCUUAUGAAGAAAAACCAGACUUUGCAGAAGGAAAUUGCUGGGCAUGCCCCACGCAUUGAGGAGCUCCUUUGCAGAGGGGAGAGUAUGCUGGCUGGAGCAGAUGGGGAUGGAGACUUCAGGGAUAUUGAAGAACGCCUUAUGCAGCUGAGGGACUCCUGGGGUACUUUGCAAGAGGAAGCUUCAAACCGAUUGCAGCGUCUGGAAGAAGCAAGUGAGGCUCAGCGAUAUUACUUGGAUGCUGGGGAAGCAGAAGCCUGGAUAAGUGAGCAGGAGCUCUAUAUGGUAACAGAUGAGAAACCAAAGGAUGAAGAGAGUGGGAUUGUGAUGCUGAAGAGACACCUUCGGCAGCAGCGAUCGAUAGAAGACUAUGGAAAAAACAUCAAGAAGCUGGCUGGCCGAGCUCAGAAGCUACUCUCCACUGGCCACCCAGAAGGGGAGCAGAUCAUCCGGUUGCAGGGGCAAGUAGACAAGCAGUAUGCAGGCUUGAAGGAUCUGGCUGAGGAACGCAAACGUAAGCUGGAGCACAUGUACCAUCUCUUCCAGCUGAAGCGAGAAGUCGAUGACCUUGAGCAGUGGAUUGCAGAGAGAGAUGUAGUGGCAUCAUCCCAAGAGAUGGGGCAAGACCUCGACCACGUCACUCUGUUGCGGGAAAAGUUUCGUGACUUUGCCAGGGAAACAGGAAGCAUCGGGCAGGAGCGGGUGGACAAUGUCAAUCUCAUAAUUGAACAGCUGAUUGAUGCUGGUCACCCGGAGGCUGCCACGAUUGCAGAAAUGAAGGACAGUCUGAAUGAGAGCUGGGCUGAUCUACUGGAACUGAUUGACACCAGGAUGCAAUUGCUGGCUGCCUCCUAUGACCUACACAAGUUCUUCUAUGAUGGCGGCGAGAUCCUGGUUCUUAUCGAGGAGAAGCACAAGGAACUACCCGAGGAGUUAGGCCGGGAUGUCAACACAGCAGAGUCUUUUCACAGGAUGCACACGGCUUUUGAGCGUGAUAUCCACUUGCUGGGAGUGCAGGUUCAUCAUUUCCAAGAAGUGGCAGCACGUCUGCAAGCAGCCUAUGCUGGGGAAAAGGCAGUCACUAUCCAGAAACAAGAACAAGAGGUCGUGAAGGCUUGGAAGGCCUUGCUUGCAGCUUGUGAGGGACGGCGGGAUCAGCUGGUUGAUACAGCAGAGAAAUUCCGUUUCUUCAGCAUGGUGCGGGACCUGAUAUUUUGGAUGGAAAAUGUGAUACGGCAGAUUGAAACCCAGGAGAAGCCCAGGGAUGUUUCAUCUGUGGAACUUCUGAUGAAAUACCACCAGGGCAUUAAGUCUGAGAUGGACACCAGAGACAAAAGCUUCACCACCUGCAUCGAUCUCGGCAAAACGUUGCUACAGCGCAAGCACCAUGCUAUGGCUGAGAUUAAAGAUAAGCUGAUGCAGCUGACAGAGAAGAAGAGAGAAAUGGUGGAGAAGUGGGACAGGCGCUGGGACUGGCUUCGCUUGUUGCUAGAGGUGUGUCAGUUUUCCAGAGAUGCCUCAGUGGCUGAGGCAUGGCUCAUUGCCCAGGAGCCCUACCUGUCCAGUGGUGAUUAUGGACACACAGUGGAUGGUGUGGAGAAACUACUGAAGAGACAUGAAGCCUUUGAGAAAUCCACAGCCACCUGGGAGGAACGUUUUGCAGCAUUGCAGCGGCUCACCACACUUGAAUUACUAGGAAAGAGAAAAAUCCCAGAGGAGCCUUCUCAGCACAAAGUAGCUAAAACCACAGACCUGGAAUACGACUUUGAACCAGAGGCAGAACAUGAGACAGGACCUGAAGAAGAGAGCGAGAAGGCAGGGUUAAGUUUAGAAGAUGCUCUUUCUCCUGCUGCAGAAGACUCAUCACUGGUGCAAGAAAAUGAGAAGCAAGCUUAUGAAACUGCUCCAGAAGAUUUACCUGAAGAAAAACUGCCCGAGACAGAGAUCAGAGUGGGCAAUCAAGAAACCUCUACUAAGGACUUGCUGUUCAAAGUGGUCCAGACCUCUGUGAGCGAGAUAGAUGAGACAGCAACCCUUCCUGCACAGCUGGACAGAUUUCACAGUGUACAACUUGAGGGCUAUCUCGGGAGGAAACAUGAUCUAGAGGCACCUAACAAGAGGGCUUCCAACAGGUCCUGGAAUACAUUAUACUGUGUGCUCAGGAACAGUGAGCUGACCUUUUAUAAGGAUGCCAAGGGCUUAGCCUUGGGUGUGCCCUACCACGGAGAGGAGCCUUUCCAGAUGAAGAAUGCCUUCUGUGAAGUAGCUGCUGAUUACAAGAAGAAAAAGCAUGUUUUCAAGUUGAGACUCAGCAACGGGAGUGAAUGGCUAUUCCACGGCAAAGAUGAGGAUGAGAUGCACACCUGGCUUCAGGGCUUCAGCACAGCAAUAAUUGAAUCCCAAAGCAUUAAAACCAAGGCCCAAAGCCUGCCUCUGUCUUCCAUCACUACUGUGGAUGUGAACCUGACCAAGAAAGACAAGGAGAAAAGAUUCAGCUUCUUUCCCAAAAAGAAAUAGCCAAACAGAUGGCUUGCUCCUGUCAGAUGCCUAUGCUCUAAAUAUGCAUAAUGAAAAAGUGCACGUGUGAAUCUCCCUGGGCACUUCUGGCUCCAAUCAACAUGGUUCUCAUCCCUCCAACACAGCCCUCCUUGUCAUUUCCCAUCACACACCCCAUGCUCCACAAAAAGCAUCAAGCCAGUCUUUCAGAUAAUAAGACAAGGUCCUUGCUCCAAGGCACCCAAUAUUUUCCAAAGC